AUGCAUGGUUUUGGACAGUUGAAUUCCUCUGGAGAUGAGCUACUGUCGUUUGCAGCAAUAAAUAAUUUGUGGAUCUGCAACACCUGGUUCCCCAAGCGGGAUAUCUUCAAGCGGACGUGGCAGCACCCCGGCUCUCUGCAGUGGCACUGCAUCGACUAUAUCUUGAUGCGUCAGGAUCAUCGGCGAUUUUGCAGGGACGUGCGCGUUGUUCGUGGUGCUGAGUGUGGCAGUGACCACCAGCUGCUUUGUAUAGUCUUUGAGUUCCCGCAUCGCCCGGUGGGGGUUGCCCGACGUGGAGCGAGCCGGGGGCGCCGAUUUAAUGUCGGCAAGCUGCGGAGUAAGGCGGUGGCCGAGCAUGAUCAAUCGGAUUCCUGCGCAUCCACGUUACAAGACGUCAACGAUGUGGGACGUCGCCCCCCGCGCUGCGUGACCACCGCGGACAAGUAUCGUGCCGCUUUAUCUGCUGGAUUGCGAGAUUGCUGGAGCAGCGAUGGUAGCGUUGGGGAGAAGUGGACCCAUGUGCGCAAUACCGUGGUUGCCACAGCCGCUGAUGUAUUGGGCCCGAUCGAACGCCGUCAGGCCGACUGGUAUGAUGACAACUCUGCAACCAUACAGCCCCUUCUGCGCGCCCGCAAUGAGUGCUACGCGGAGUGGCUUGCCCACGGUCAGCAGAGGGGCGACACGUAUUGGGCCAGCUUCGGGGCUGCUCGAUCGCAGGCGCGCGCAGCCGUUGUAAAUGCCAAAGAGGCUUGGAUUUUGAAUAAGGCACAGGAGGCAACAGAGGCGCGCUUCAACGGGGCAGUCGUCUGGAAAUGCGUUCAUGCUAUCCACGCUGCAUGUGAGGGAUUAACUCCGUGCAAGACUUCCGCCAUUAAGGACGAGAAUGGAAACCUGUGCCAGUCGACUGAGGAUCAAUGCAAGCGGUUCCAGAGGCAUUUCACAUCUGUCCUGAACCCAGAGAGCUCGUACAACCCCGAUAUCAUGGCUUGCGUUGAGCAGCGACCUGUAGUGUCGAGCCUUGAGGAACCACCAACCAUGCAUGAGAUCUCCAAGGCCAUUUCUCGACUUCGCAAUGGCACCGCUGCUGGUUCAUCGAGGAUACAGCCAGAGUUGCUAAAGUUCGGUGGCGAGGAGCUCAACAACAAGCUCAUGGAGCUGUUUGGAGAUGUGUGGCGAGAUGGCUGCGUUCCGCGGGAGUGGGCGGAUGCUACCCUCAUCCCCAUUCCAAAGAAGGGAGAUUUGUCGCAGUGCGACAAUUGGCGGGGCAUUGCGUUGCUGGAUGUGGUCGGCAAGGUCUUGGCGAGUGUCCUUCAGAGAAGGCUGCAGGUAUUCGCAGAGGAAUUUCUCCCUGAGUCCCAGUGCGGGUUCCGGCGAGGGCGUGGCUGCUCUGACAUGAUCUUCACCGUCCGACAGCUCAUGGAAAAGUCAAUCGAACAUCAGGCCAAGGGAUUUUUGUGUUUAUCGACCUGA